AUGGUGGUGCUGGAUCAAUGGAUUGCUACGACAAAGUUUCAUCACUGUCCCUCGAAGCAUAGGUCACAAGGUGGUAGCGAAUUUGAGAUCCAUGGAUUCUCAGAUGCGAGCAAGAAAGCUGUAUGUGCUGCAAUUUACACGGUGUAGUAUCGGGAGUCGAUGCCUGUCAAUCAAUCGCUGCUUGUGGCAAAAUCGAGAGUCGCGCCAAGGAUACAAGUAUCCCCAGAUUGGAGUUAAUCGCUGCUAUGACCCUGGCGAAGCUGCAGAGUAAUGUGCUUAGAGCGUUGGAAGUACAACCUAUUCGAUCCGUACACCAUUGGGUGGAUAGCCUGACGGUUCUCUAUUGGCUCGCAAACAAGGGUACCUGGUCAGCUUUCGUGAGAAAUCGGGUCAAGAAGAUAAAGGAGCUUGGAGAUGCAGAUUGGCGUUAUGUUCCGACUAACAGCAACCCAAGCGAUCUGAGCACAAGGGGAGCAGCGCCAGACAAGCUCGGGGAUCUAUGGUACAAGGGACCGGAUUGGCUGCAAAAGCAUGACCAGUGGCCAGAACAACUGGAGAUCAAUGAGACAACUGAUGUCACACAGGAGUUGGCCAUGAAGCGGACACUGGCUAAACAGGGGGUCGAACGUGAUUUGGAGAUGAUCAACAACAUGUUGGCAAAGUUUACUUACCGCAGACUUCUACGAGUGACAGCAUACAUUCUGUGGUUCGUUAGAAAUGCGAGAAACGAGAAAUUACAUGGUCCAUUAACCACCGAGGAAGUCGAAAGAGCUGAACAUAUAUGGUUGAAGAUUGGUCAGGAAACGUUGAAAGACGACGGAGGCUUUACUCUCCGCACAGAUGAAAACGGACUUUUGAGAAUGGACGGACGAGUUAUUGGAUACAAUCCGAUAUUUAUCCCUAGAAAUUACACCUUAGACCGACUGCUAGUGCGCGAUAUUCACGAGGAACAGGUCACGGGGGAGUAAGCUCAACCAUUGCCACAACACGAGAGAGGUUCUGGAUACCAAGGCUGCGGAAAUUGGCGAAGAGUGUCGUCAAUGGUUGUAAUACGUGCAAGAAAGCUCGACCGAAGGGACUGAAUCCACCAACGACCGCACCAUUGCCGACCUUCAGAACUGAAAUGACAGAGCCGUUUGCUGUGACAGGAGUGGACUUCGCUGGUCCACUGCUUUAUCGAGCAAAUAAGAAAUCUACACGAAAGGCGUACGUAGCACUCUACACGUGUGCCACUACAAGAGCAGUUCACCUGAAGCUGAGUAAAAGCAAGGAGGCAAACGAGUUUAAGAGAAGAUUGAAAGAGUUCGUUGCCAGACGAGGGAGACCAGACAAGAUUGUAAGCGACAAUGCCCAAACCUUCAAAGCGACGAAGCAGUGGCUCGAAUUGCUUACAAAGGACACGGAUUUGUUCAACUACCUAACGGCGCAACGGAUUAUUUGGCAAUUCAAUUUGUCUAGAGCCCCUUGGUGGGGUGCUUCUUUGAGAGGCUAGUUGGUGUCAUGAAGUCCAGUUUGUCAAAAGUAAUCGGUCGGGCAUUACUUACGUUUCCAGAGCUUGAAGAGGUUUUGUUGGACGUCGAGUGCUUCAUGAACAACCGUCCCCUUUGCUAUCAAGGAGAAGAGUUUGAGAAACCUGUCAUUACGCCUAAUCUCCUGCUCAGAGGUCAACCAGCAAAUUACUUGGAUGAAGAUGUUGAAGCAAUGAACAACAAGACUGCAGCGACGAAACGAAUGAAGUAUCUUACGGUGUGUCGAGAGCACCUCAAGAAACGUUGGCUGACCGAGUAUGUUCACGCGCUGGAAGAAAGGCAUCGCAAGGUGUUCACUGAUGAAAAGGGUUUGCCUAAGAAAGGUUCGAUCGUUCUCUUCACAGAUAACAGCAAGAUCAAGUCCAAAUGGUGUAUCGGGCGUGUUGUUGAAGUUAUUCGCGGACGCGACGGAGUCUUAAGAGGAUACAAAAUCAAAACCGGGACUGGCUACAUCAUCGAAAGGCCGCUUCAGUUGGUGUGUGAUCUGAAGAUAAGCGGGUCUACGGAUGAGCCUGUCAUAAAAGAUAAAGUCGACAAUUCAGGUGAUGCAGAUACUAGAGAAAGACCUUCAAGGAAAGCAAAGACAGCGGCGAUCGACAAAAUGGUGGGAGUCACACUGAACGAACAGGAAGAGGAUUAA